AUGCCGCCGUUUGCGGUCUGGUGCCUCGCCCUAGUGGCCGUGCCCUUGCCUGAAGCUUCAGGAGAUGCACGGGAGGCACAUCACCGACCGCAAAUGCGGCGUGAGCCACUUCAGCACAGCAUGGCACCGGAGCCUGGCGAGGCCGAGCUGAGCCACAACCGGCACUGGCCGCAUGGAAGCCGGAUCUCACCGGCGCCUCGAUCGCCUCGAAGAGCUUCCGUGGGAAGUCUUGGUGACGUCUUCGUGCAGGAGGCCGAGGACGAUGAUAGCGUGUGCAAGAGUCUGUGCCAUGCCGUCGAUAUCACCUCGAUUUCCAAGAAAUGCUCCGACCUGUCGAACGAGGAGUGUGCGAGCGCGGCCUUCUAUGAGACCUUGGACGAUGGCAACCGGAGGCCGUGCUCACUGCAAGCUGCUGGGGUGUCUCUCUCGGACCCAGAGGCCCAAAACUGUGGAGUCGACUCCAAGCAAAUCUGCCGCAAAGGGAGUCCGCUGUGCCAGGAGGAUGCUGGUUCUCCUCGCAGCCCGUUGGAAGCAAUUUGCAACAUCUGCUCUGGCGGCGCCGAAUUUUUGCCAGAUGCGACUGCCUUCAUGGAGGAUGGUAAGCCCUUUUCCUGCCAAUUUGCGCUGGAUCAGAUUCGUGCGGGUGGAUCGAGACUGACAUGCCAAGAGGCAGCAGAAGAGUAUGCCGACUGCUGUGCACGCAGCGAUAGCGACGGCAAAUCUGGACCGUCGGACCGGACAGACAACUGGAGCUGCGAAUUGUGCGCAGGAUUCGGAGACUUGAACAGCACAGCCGUGGCCAUGGUCAUCGAAGGCAGCCCGAUGACUUGCAGCGAGGCGCAGGACAACCUCCGGAGCGGUCGUGCGCCAAUCUCCUGCGAAGUGGCGCGAGACUCUUCCCUUGUCGCAAGAUGCUGCAGGGAGAGGGUCGAUGACCAUGCGGCCGUGGGGCUUCAGAACUGCAGCAUCUGUGGCGCGGGGGAGACCUUCGAUGCCGAGUCCAUUGCAUACACCAGCGAUGGCGAGAUGCUCACGUGCGAAGAUGCAUACAGUCGGCUCCAUGAUGGUUCUGUCAAGACAUCCUGCGAGGAUGCACAGGGCAAGCUGCAGGGCAAGUGCUGCAAGUGCUACUUGUGCUCAGAGGGACAGUCCUUGAUCCCCGAUGCAGCGGCGGAGCACAUCGAAGGAGGCGAGCCGAUGGCAUGCCAGGAGGCGCAGCUGCUCCUGAGAGGCAAUGCCUCGAAGCCACCCUGCACAGAGGCCAAGCGCAAGUGGUCCGAGUACUGCUGCGGGGAGGCCGCAACGGACGCGGCGAUGGUGCGGGCGGCGGCGACGGCGACGGCGGCGUCGCAACCGGCUCCUCCGGGACCUGACCAACAGCCGUCGACAUCGAACCAUGUGCAAGGCCAGUCCUCUGUUCGCAGCACGACAGAGGAUACAGAGGCGGAGGAGUACGGAGAAGAGGCACCUCCGGCACUCCAAGUCCCAACUGUGGGUUCUGAGUCUGGCUUCACAAGGCUCGACAGACUAGCCACAUUCAGCCACUGA